UGGUAGUGCUGGGUGCUGGGUCGGUUCUUACUGCUGGUACUUGAAACUAAUACCAGAGGACAUCGAAUUUUAGAAAUAAAGUUAGUCGCCUCAACUCUGAUGAAUUACACUGUCUACGAAAAGUAGAGGUAGAGAAUUGGCGGUUUAAAUUUAUUUAUAGUGGAUUGUGCGGGUUGUAUUCAUUGUUAAAAAAAUUGAAAAUUAAAGCGAUCGAAAUGGCUUAUAAGCUGAACAACUGUACAGAUAAUCAAAUAACAAUCAUACUCGAUGCAGAUUCGGAUCUAGAGCAAGACGAUCAUAAUACUGUACAAAGACCUCAAACAAAGACAAGUACGAAAAUAAAGAAUGCAAAGAAAGUUAAUUUAGAUACUUCUUCGGAUGCGGAAAAUAUUUUUCAAGCUAAUAAAUAUGCGUUACCAAAAAGGAAUUUGCAAACGGGAAGAAUUUCCCUGAAAGUUAAAUUGAAGAAGUCUGCAGAAUUAAGUUUAUAUUCAAUUGAUACUGAUUCUGAUUACGAGAAACCUAUACGUAAACGUCAUAAUCGACUUGAAAGGCAGAGAAAGAAAAGUCAUUCAGAAGUAGAAAGCGAAGGAUCUUAUACAGAUAGCAAAGAUAAUUCUGUGAACAUUGAGAGUAUUAAUAAGAAAGACGAGAUUAACGAGAAUGUAGAUGAAAAAUCAAUUAAGAAUGACCUACCAAGAAACAGUAGAAACAGAAGACCACCUUCAAAAUUGUCUUAUUAUCAAUGUGAGACUUUACCACCUAAUUCUCCAACUUUGAGGACUAGGUCAAGUGUUAAUUACAAUGAAGAUAGAUUACUUGCGAAGGCUAUUAUAACUAACAUAAAAUAUGAACAGACAAAGAAAAAAGAAAACAAAGUUUUAAUUGGUAACAAACAGAAUUUAGAAUCUGCACAGUCGACUGUAAAAAAGAACACAAAUAUUGCUUCUAAAAAUGAUAAAGAGACUUAUGAUAAGACAAAUUCUAAAAUAAGGAAUGCAAAAUCAUUAAAGAAAACUGAUAAAGUUGACGUUAUUAGAAAUGAUAAGUUAGAUCUCAUGAAGAAGGUAGAAGAGAUAACAAACAAAGAUUCAUUACCACCAAUGUCUACUGUUGCAUCUAUUAAUAUUACAACUAAGAAAGUACAAGAGGUGACAAAAGAAGAUUCAGUAAUAUCAACCCCUGCUGUGACACCUGUUAAAUCAAUCAGACAGAAACGAAUUAUUUCUGAGAGCACACAGAAAGAUGUUCAACAGCCAGAUAAUAAUGAUAAUAAUACUGAGGAAGAAUCUUCAGCUGAUGUGAAUAAACGUAUUAAAAUUUCAUCUGCAGUCAAUAGCUCUACUCCUGUCAAAAGAAGUGCAAGGAAAAACUCUGAACAUAGACGGAUGAUCGAUAAUAAAAAUAAUAGCGACGAGGAAAAAGAAUCUUCAGUUAAUACGUGUCAAGAUAUUAAAAUCUCAUCAACUCCUGGGAGAAGUAGUAGUAGAAGAAAAGUAAAGACUGAAUAUAGACAGAUAAUUGAUGAUACAAAUAAUAGUGAUGAUGAAAGAGAAUCUCUAGCUGACAUGUGUAGAAAUAUAAAAAUUUCAUCUCCCAAGAAAAGAAUUUUGACACCAAAGAAAGGAAGUGAUUCACAGAAAGCUAUAGAAUUACAUUUGGAAGAAAUUCAUCUGAGCACUCCAAAAUCUCGUACGGUAAAGUGUAGUCAAUUAACACCAUCAUUGGGUAAAAGAAAAAGUACUUUGUUAAAACCAGCUACACCAUUACAAGAAGCUAGGUCCAGAUUGCACGUCAGUGCUGUACCAAAAUCAUUGCCUUGUAGAGAAGAGGAAUUUAAUAACAUAUUCACGUUUCUUAGAGGAAAAUUGGAAGACAAAAGUGGAGGGUGUAUGUAUAUAAGUGGAGUGCCAGGCACGGGAAAAACUGCAACCGUGAAUGAAGCUGUUAGAUGCUUGCAAAAAUUAAUAAUGAAAGGCGAAUUGGCCGAUUUUGAUUACGUAGCGAUUAAUGGUAUGAAACUAACCGAACCGAGACAAGCUUAUGUACAGAUACUGAAACAACUGGAUGGCAGAGUCACUACUUGGGAACAAGCUUAUCGCAUACUCGAUAAACGAUUUCACACAGCCAAUUCUAAAAUGACGUUACUUCUCGUAGAUGAACUCGAUUUCGUAUGUACCAAGCGACAAGAUGUAGUAUACAAUUUAUUAGAUUGGCCAACAAAAUCGACUGCACAAUUGGUGGUCAUCACAAUUGCUAAUACUAUGGACUUGCCCGAGAGAGUCUUAAUGGGGCGCGUUACGUCGCGUUUAGGUUUAACGCGAUUAACGUUUCAACCAUAUAAUUACAAACAGCUACAGGAAAUAGUUAUGUCCAGGCUUAAGGAUUUUCGAGGUUUCAGAGCCGAAGCUGUACAGCUUGCUGCACGGAAAGUUUCUGCGGUAUCCGGAGACGCUAGACGGGCUUUGGACAUAUGUCGCCGCGCUAUGGAAAUCGCAGAAUCGCAGAAUGCUGAGAUGAUAUCUCUUCAGAAUGUAACGCAAGCCGUGUCAGAAAUGAUUGCAUCUGCUAAAGUUCAGGCCAUUAAACAUUGUUCGAAAAUGGAACAAAUAUUUUUGCAAGCGAUGUCCGCGGAAGUCACGCGAACUUCGAUCGAAGAAGCAUAUUUUAUAGAUGUGUUCAGACAGCUCGAGUCAAUAUGCUCUUUUGACGGCAUCGAAAUACCUAGUGUAACGGAGGUAUUAGCGGUUUGCGGAAGAUUAGGCGCUAAUAGGUUGUUAAUAUGCGAACAUUCAAGGAAUGACAUAUAUCAAAAGAUUUUAUUAAAUGUUUCCCCGGAUGACAUUCACUAUGCCAUUCAGGAACUAGAUUUCACUUCGUAAUAAUAAAGAUUUUAUGCAUGUUCUUACGGAUGUUAAAGACUGGGUGCACAUCGUAAUGCAUGUCACGUGCCUUCUUGAAAGUGCCUUAAUUAAAUGACUAAUUUACUAUAUCGUUACUUGAACGUGACUAUAAAUUGUAUAUUGUAUAGAUUGUUAUUUAUUUACUUAACGUAUCAUAAUUUAUUUAUGUACUUAUCAAAUGUAUCAAUCGAAUUAACGAUCAUUAAAUAUGUUCGACACA